AUGAUAGGGACGAAGCUCCUUGCAACCAGAGAUGUAGAAGAUUACUGGUCCGAGAAGCCACCCAAGAGGCAUAUCCAUGUCAUUGUCGUGAGCAGGAAUUGCUUGACCGAAUCGCUGAAGGCAUCGAUUAACAAGUCUGUCCAUGAUACAGUUCGACGUUAUCGUGAGUCCAAAGCGGACAAAAGGAUUCAAGUGGACCGUAAACAUCGAACAAGCAACCCUCGAGAAUCUUAG